AUAUUCAAGUCUUCAAGACCCUUCGAGCCACAAACACCAUCAAUUAGUAGUAGUACUAAGGUAGUACUUUAUACUUUACAUUAUACUUCGGAAAAACUAGGGUUUUUCAGUUCUCUACUUUUCCCUCCAACUCUCUCUCUCUAUCUCUCUUUCGAGAUCGGCUAUUCUCAGCUAAUGCAAUAGCUUCUUCCUCUCUUCAUCAGAAACAAAAGGUUAUGCCCAGUAUGGAAACUGAAAAUUCUAGUAUUUCGCGUGCCGAAGAAAUCAAAGUCCUGGCAAAUGAAGCAUUCCAAGCCCGCAAAUAUACACAAGCUAUUGAUUUGUAUACGCAAGCAAUUGAAUUGAACAGUCAGAAUGCUGUAUACUGGGCCAACCGUGCAUUUGCACACAUUAAACGGGAGGAAUAUGGUAGUGCCAUACAGGAUGCUUCAAAGGCUGUCGAAGUUGAUCCUAAAUAUUCAAAGGGCUAUUACAGGCGAGGAACGGCUUAUCUUGCCAUGGGGAAAUUCAAAGAAGCACUUAAGGAUUUUCAGCAGGUCAAGAAAUUAUCUCCGAAUGAUCCUGAUGCUGCCAGGAAAUUGAAGGAAUGUGAGAAAGCAGUGAUGAAACUUAAAUUUGAGGAAGCAAUUUCUGUACCCGAGUCUGAAAGGCGUUCAAUAGCCGAUUCUAUAGAUUAUCGUUCCAUAGGAACAGGCCCCAAUUCAUCAUCAGUGCCCACCGAAGUGGCUGUAGCAGCAGUGGCAGUAGCAGUUGUGGCAGUAGUGAUGAUGAUAGUGGGAACGGCAGCAGCCAUAGUGGUAGCAAUAAUUUUAGUGGUGGUGCUGGUGGUCCUAGGGGCACGUUGGUGGGGUGGCUGCGGUGGUGGUGUCUUUCAUAAGGGUCAAGUAUAUGACCUAGAUGUGGAACCACAGUACUCUGGUGCAAGAAUAGAUGGAGAUGUAGUUACCUUGGAUUUUGUGAAGAAAAUGAUGGAUGAUUUUAAGAAUCAAAAGUGCAUACAUAAACGAUACGCAUUCCAGAUUGUCUUGCAAAUGAGAGAUAUGUUGCGAGCCUUGCCUUCUCUUGUUGAUAUAAAUGUUCCUGAUGGUAAUCAUUUCACUGUUUGUGGCGAUGUUCAUGGUCAGUUCUAUGAUCUCUUAAAUAUUUUUGAGCUUAAUGGGCUUCCCUCAGAUGAGAAUCCAUAUCUAUUCAACGGUGACUUUGUGGAUAGGGGAUCGUUUUCGCUGGAGGUUAUACUCACUUUGUUUGCAUUUAAGUGCAUGUCGCCAGCAGCCAUAUAUCUCGCAAGAGGAAAUCACGAGAGCAAGAGCAUGAACAAGAUAUAUGGUUUUGAGGGUGAGGUCAAGUCCAAGUUGAGUGAUACAUUUGUGGAACUAUUUGCAGAAGUGUUCUGUUGUUUGCCAUUGGCACACGUGAUAAAUGAGAAGGUAUUUGUAGUUCAUGGAGGUCUCUUUAGUGUUGAUGGGGUGAAACUUUCUGACAUAAGAGCAAUUGACCGGUUUUGUGAACCGCCCGAGGAAGGUUUAAUGUGUGAAUUGCUAUGGAGUGAUCCACAACCCAACCCUGGAAGAGGUCCUAGCAAGCGAGGUGUUGGUCUUUCUUUUGGUGGAGAUGUGACGAAAAGGUUUCUGCAGGAAAAUAAUUUAGAUUUGGUUGUGAGAUCUCAUGAAGUAAAGGAUGAGGGUUAUGAGAUCGAGCAUGAUGGCAAACUUAUAACUGUAUUUUCUGCUCCAAAUUACUGUGACCAGAUGGGUAACAAGGGCGCCUUUAUUCGUUUUGAAGCACCUGAUUUGAAGCCAAACAUUGUUACAUUCUCAGCAGUUCCACACCCUGAUGUCAAGCCAAUGGCAUAUGCAAACAACUUCCUGCGGAUGUUUUCAUAAUUUUUGCAGCUGACUGGAAUGGCCAAUGGUAUAUUCUUUUCUUUUCAAUAGCUUUAGGUGAUGUGGGCCAGAGAAGAGGCAAAACAUGUUGAAAAAAGCAGUUUUUAUGUUGUGAUGAUUUUUUGGAGAACAAAUUUUCCCCCCUUUUCUCCUUGUACUUCUCAUCAAUGGCAAGAAUGUUUCAAGGUACAUGGUUUCAUGUUUUUCCCUAGUGUUGACCCUGAAAGGUCAGUCUAGAUGAAAACUCACUUUGCUUGCUUGAAUAACUCUUCUAAGUAAAAUGUAUGGCCAUUUUCUUUCUGUA